GCUGGUUUUCACAACAGCUAUUCAGCGUGACCAGAAAGUUGAUCAAGUGCUAGUACGCCUCCCAGCUGGGUCCUCUGUUUUCCAUUCCUUUAAGCACAAGCUCACUUCUUUUUGGCCUGCUGAGCCCCUCAUUUUCUGCUGCCACUUUCCCCUUCUUUUGCGACUGGCGAAAGCUUCAACCUGCGACGCACGCGAUACGGACGAGCGAAGUACAUCGAGACAACCAUCCCCAGAGGUAGCGAAACGCAAUCAUGGCACUCAUAUCUGCCAAAACGAUUAUAACAUCUGUCUCUCUUUUCCAUCUAACUCUCGCAUACUUCUUCAUCACCAAUCCAAGCUCCAUCAAUGAGCAAGCGCUUGUGUUCAUGUUGGGAGAGAGCAUGGGAAUGCCUCUAGCAAGAGGGUUUGAACUGCAAAGCCCUCCCCUCGCAUUCCUUGCCGCUGUCCUCGUCUUUGUCGGCUUUAGUGAUCUGGUAUCCCUAUCCAUGCCCGACGAAGUCUGCCUGAUUUUCCACUGGGGUACACAAGCUCCUUUGCGAUCGUUCCUCUCCCUCGGUUUCGUUGUCUACAUAUUCCUGUUUGGCCCAUCAUCUCCCAUGUACGACAAGUCCUCUCGCAGCCACCUCUCGCAUCCGAGCUCGUAUAACCCAUCAUAUCGCCCUGCUGGCUGGGGCGGUGACAUGCUAAAGAACCGCCUAUUCUUUACAUUCAUAUUUAUCGAAACAAUGACAUGGUUCUGGGUUUGGAUCACGUUGCGCGAAGAGCGAGAUGCGAUACUGAGCAAGAAGUCUCGAAGACGAAGCCACUCGCAUUCUUUCUAGGAGACCGGCUGUUUUCACAAAUAUUUGGUAUCACGAAGCAAUUGGAGUACGGUGUUCUUGGGACGAGACAACGAAAUGCACGAAAG